CAUUCCUCAAUUCGUGAGUCUGGUCGUGACAUGGCAGUGCCGCUCUGCAAUCUUCCCUCCGAGUUUCGACGAGCGCCAAUGUUGUCUUCACGGCGCUUCGAUCAAGGUCUCUCUCUAUCUCUAUCUUCUUAGCCUUUGCCUUUUCAUGACCCGUCUUCCUGCUCAACACCUCAUCGCCGCUGAAGUUGCUGGCCGCCAUCAGUUUCCUCUCGUUUUCGUUCUCUACUUAUCAUUCCCGCGUCGAACCGUUGAUCGGCGACGCUUUACGGGCUUGUAAUACCGAUUCGCUGCGGGCCUUCGGGCUGGCUCUCGAUGAAUUUCUAACCAGAUACCGAAUAUCAACCUCCCUAAUAUCUUCUGAAGGCCGGCCCUCGGAACCAUGAGCGUUCUACCAUCUACGACAUACCAAUCUCCGCCCCGGCUGGCCCGUGGACGACAGCUUAAUACCAUUAUCGAGGAAAAGGAAGAUGGAAGUCAAGGCGUCAAGAGUGACAGCGAAGGAGAUGGAAGUGAUUCAACAGUCAUCGGCCGUCCUGCAGCCUGGAAUUCUCAACUCUUCACAGCAGCCUCCCGAAAGACCUCUCUCGCCACGACGAUCAAUGCGUCUUCCCCCGUCUCUUCAUGCGAACCUUCCCCUGCCAGCAGCGCUAGUGACGGCUUCCCUCGGACCUCGGCGAGAAGCUCUUAUUCCGACAGUGAGAAUGGGACUGUCUUCAGUGAUGACUGUCCAUCUCUUGCCAGCGACCCAACGACCUUUGCCUCCGAAUCCAGCAGGAACAGCUGUGCCAGCACCCGAUCGAGCCGCAACAGAUAUCCUGCUUUGAUCAUCCCUCGAGAGUCAUGGGGCAGCAUGGACGGAAGUCCGAUCAAGGAGAUAGCCUAUGGCAUGUCUCCAGCAACCAAGAUUCGUCUGUCUCCCACAGCAUUGUCUGCGCUUUCCAGAUCCGUUCCCGCGGCCAAUGCACCGCCAUCGUUAGGCGAUAGCAAUAGUACCACAUCCGAGUCGCCAUGUAACCCAGGCACAAGUGCUCCGGUCACGCCAGAAAUUAGACAACUGGAAGUUGCAGAAGGUGAAAAUUGGGGUGUUCCUGGACCACCGGCACCAGUGGAGGCUCAGCAUCUGGAGAUAGCAUUCGACGAUGGACACAGUGUGAUUCUCUCACCAGCAGAAGCUCAUUCCGAUCAUUCGCUGUCAAACCUCCUUUCGCCCACAGCUACAGCCUGGACCGAAAUGGUCAUUAGCUUUCCUCCGGUGCCCGGUGCUACGCCUCAAGAUCAGUCGCCUCUGAUGCCUACCAUUGACGAACUCAAGACAUUUGAGGAGGUGAAACCGCGAUCAAACGGCUCUGAUCCGGGUGUGCGCCUUCCUCCAGAUGCCUUGCAAAUCCUCCAACGUCUAGCAGGUUAUCGCAGCGUUGACAAUCUGUCCAAUUCCUCAGGCUCGGGUUCAUCAAAGCGCUCGGGAAGACGCCAGGAGAUGCGCGAGCUUGGGGAGUCCAAUCCUAUAAGUAGACCACGCAGUGCAGAUGGAGAGACCCCGGUGUCCGACUAUAGCUUUACCCAGCUGAGCAUCCCAUCUCCUGGAGGGUUCUUUUCGUCUUUGCAGAGUGGCUCUCGACACACUUGGUGCCUCAACAAGUCCAAAGGUCCUAGCAUGCCAAAUACCGCUACAGCGGAAAUGUUCUACAAUCGACCUUGGGAAGAUCCGAACUCCAGCAACGUUGUGGAAACCUUUUUGACUGUCGACGACACCAACCUAACAGAAGGUCCUCCUACAGCACGGCAAGCGACCUUCGACCUGGAUCCCCGUAACGGACAGAACAGCACGAGUCCACACUCCGAAGACGAUGAUCUGUAUGGUCCUGGCACUGCCGCGAAAGAACCAACGGACCCAAGAAAGGCCAGCUUCGAGUACGACGACAAAUAUCUCGAUGAGCUCAAGCAAACUGCCAGUCGAAACUUGGAUUUGACGGGGUCCUGGUUGGCGGCACAGACAGGUUACUUGUCCGCCAUUCUGGAAUCGGAUCCAAACGUCAACCACAUCGAGGAGAAUGAGGUGACCGACAAGCCCAAAGCCAAGCCUGAUCCUGCCUCACGUCGGACUGUGAUGUUUUCAAAGGACACCAAAACCGACUCAGCCGUCAUUGUGGCCGGAUCGAAGACAGCCAGCAAUGACAAUGAAGCAGAUGCAAAGGAGGCCAUCUUCCUCACCGCGUUCCAGUUCCUGCUGAGUAAUCGCAAACGUCGCGAUGCUUUCAUUCAUGCCACCUCACGGCUCGAAGCUAUCCAAGCCUUCCGGUUGGCCAUGCCUGAGAAACACAUCACGAAUUUGUUGGGCCAGCAUGUUCUCUUGGAGCACAAGAGACCAAGAUAUGCUGGGCCUUUCAGUCAGAACCCACGAGCUACAGGAAUUUUCGAGCCGACCGCCGAACAGGCGGCUUAUAAGGCUGCUGAGCGAGAGCAGCUUGCGCUUGGGUCCAUUGAGCCAUGGGCAUGGCAGAUGGAUGCAUUGAGGACUAUGUAUGGUGGACGUCUUCUUGCUUCGGAGGCAGCUUGCCAACGACUGAAAACGAAAGCCACAGUCCCGCUGGAUGACCCUGCUUGCAUCGGUAGCAAACGCAUUCGAGUCCUAGACAUUGGUGGUGCAUCUUGUGCGUCCUGGGCUUGGAAUGCCGCCCUGGAGUGGCCGAACGUCAAGAUUUACACUGUCAUCACCAAGGAGCAAUCUCAAUCUCAGCGUCCUUCGGGAAAGCCAAAACCCGAAGCACCCAAGAAUCAUCGAACCGUGUCGGUACCACAUCUAUGGCAGUUGCCUUUCCGCAGUGGUCAUUUCGAUGUCAUUUCAGCCAGAUCGCUACACGUCCUCCUCAAAAACAACCCUGUACCCGGCGUUCCUGAGAUUGACGAAUGGGACCUGACACUACGUGAGUGUCAACGCGUGCUGAAGCCGGGCGGUUUCAUCGACUAUAUGAUCAUGGAUUCGACAAUUGCCCACGCCGGACCUAGAGGUGAUGCGAUGUCGGUCGAAUUCGGCUUCGAGCUUCAUCGGCGUGGCUAUGAACGAGAAGCCGCUCGAAGCUGGUUGAGGCGACUGAAGAAAGAAGGAUUUGUGGGUGUCAAGAGAGCAUGGGUAUUCAUCCCUAUGGGACGAAAACCUCCGAAAGAAGUAGAGGAGAGCGCUCAUGGUUUUAUUGGAGGGUGGCAAUCGUGGCGACAAGGCGCGAAGCCAUUUGUACCUGCACCACGGCCCAUCAGUGAGGUAUCGACGAUCAGCAAGAUUGUCAAGCAGUACAUGGACGUCGAGGCCGUGCAAGGCCCAGUGGGCAGCACCGAAGACGUGGCUGAUUUGACCGGUCUGCUUGGUGCCAGGAUGUGGGAAGAGUGGCUCGUCAAGGUUCGGGCAGAAUCUGGCAGGGAGCAAACGCGUUGGCUAGAAGGGAUCGAUGAAGUGAUUGAAGAGGGCAAGGAGCAUGGAUCAGGCUGGAAAGUCCUGAUCGGAUGGGCUAGGAAGGCCAAGCCCGAGAAGGGGAAGAAGGCUGAACGAGCGGAGAUCACGGUGGCCGUCGAGGAUCUGGAAGAGUUGAGUCCAACGUCUGAAGAGUGCACGGAGAUGGGCAUGAUUCCGAUGGUGAUCCAAGAAUGAUUUGUGCUGAGUAUUGCUGCAUAGCGGAAGGAGUUGGGCUGGCUGGUUGCGGUUGGUGAGCCUUGGAAAAGGGUGUCGAGGGGACGGAGUCAAUGAGUGGUGGCUUGUAGAUAGACAAACACCUUCACUUUGGUUUUCCUUGCUGUACGGUACACUAGGUGGUACAUAGCAUUUCCCUGAGUUCAGUACCAGGUAGUAGCGUACCAUGAGCUGAGGUUAUGUAGCUUGCAUGUCAGGGGCGUU